GUUGAAAAGCAGCAGCCUUAAUAGACAUUCGCGCCCUCUACCGCUUUCGCGCCUUACUACAGCGCGCUCAGUGAUUGGUUACCGCCGUUGUUCCUGGUUUCGGGGUUGGGCCGACGCUCUGCGCUGCUUCUCUUCUGUGAGUGAGAAGGCUGAAGAGGUGCUGUGGAAGAAAAAAAUCGACCAACAAAAGGGGAGGUUUCUGUGGGCAGUUACUGUGCAUUUCACACAGUUUAGCAAAGACGAAAGAAUGCAGAUGUCACAUGUGCUGUGAGGAUGAAGGGAAAACAACUGCAUUGUGGAAGACAAAUUCCCAGUUUUUCACUUGUACUGAAAAGAAUAUUACUGCUUUUUCUUGAGCUGGAAGACAACAGUAGACUUAUACCAUUCGGAGGACACACAAGGAAUUACCCAAUUUUAGGAAGUUUCCAGUCUUAAAGACUUGGAUAUAAAUAUGAAUAUCACCACAGUACACCCACCUGUUGACAAUGGAGAUGUGGCCAUCAGCUACGUCUUGGUGCCUUUUUUGCUAAUCACUUUGUUCGGAAUAGCUGCAGCUGGGGUGAUGUAUGUGCAGAAGAGAAGAAGGGUGGAUCGGUUAAGACAUCAACUUCUUCCAGUUUACAGCUAUGACCCCUCUGAAGAACUCAUUGAAGCAGAGCAAGAGUUUCUGUGGAGGGAUGAAGAUACAAAGGUGGUACAAGGCUGGGGAAGAAGACAACAGCGUCGUCCUUUACUUGCAAAGGAAGUUCCUGCCUGACAAACUUGAUUUGGUCAGGUGUACGGUAGAACACCUCUCAUGAAUUAACAGGUUUUGUUGAUUUGAAUAGCACAGCUUUCAAACCCUCUUUUUAUUUAUACAGUUUUCAUUUUCAUAAUGGGAAAUUACAUAGCCAAUUGAAAUAAAUCAUACCCUCAAUCCAUAUCACACAUAAUGUUUUACCUUUCUGUCUUUCUCAAGAAAAUAAUUUCAUAUUUGAAAAAGUAUUCAUUUUUACUUAAAUCAGUAUUUCCGUGUGUUCUUUUUAUUUAUUUUAUAAACAACUGUGCUUAAUAAUCAUAUACAAAAUGGUUUAUAGUUUGAAUUGAUAGGGGGAAGCUUUUCCAGAAUUCAAGCCUAAAUCAGAAGAAUGUGUUGAGAAUAUAUAUAGAUGUUUCAAUCCCCCCAACAUAAAGUAACUAUUUCAAUUGACACUUGCCAGGUCAUGAUGAUGCAGGUGGCAGAGUGAGGUAAGAGGUAGUUUAUUAUAAAGGCACCUGUGAAAAGAAAAGAACUGAAAGUAAUAAGUUAUGCAUUAAUGUGUGUGUGAUUUGGCAUGUAUUUAAAUGUACAGUAUGCAUAAAAUAAAAACAAAAACUAUCAUUGUUUAUCACUGCUUUGUGCUACCUGGCCAGUGAGUGGUUGUGUAGUUGAAACAGAAAUAAAAGAUGUAAAACUGUUA